AUGACUUCUUGUGUAGAUAACUAUACUAUUUAUUUAAAUUCAUCGGAUUCUAUUCAUUCACCUGGUUCUAUAGGUGGGAGGACAUGUCCUUUGAUUCUAAUCGAUCCACCUUUGGACAUUUAUCGAUUUGAGCAAGCAGGACUUAGAAUCUUUCUUGAUGUAAAUUGGCUUAAUCAGAAUGUUGCAAUAUCAACUAUGACUAUCAAAUCAUCUAAAGGAACUCAAACUCUUUCAAAUGUAAUGGCUAAUCUAACUUUUGAUAAUAAUAAUCAUAUGUACACUCUUGUUAUUAACCACAGACUAAAUAAAUAA